AGGGCGCCCCUAAAGGCGAAGCAUGGGAUGCAGCGCACAUCUGGUGUGGCUGGCGGCGGCCACGGCGUGCGAGGUAUGCCAGUCAUGCAAUCCGGACGCCUUCACGGCGCGCGAGGUGUUGGAUUUGCUGCUACUGCUGCCGCUGCGGUGGGUCUGUGAAUCACUCCAGAUUUUCCUCUUGGGCCCAUCUACAGCGGCCACAGCUUUCCAUGUCGACUGAAGACCGCUCCGCCGGUCUGUGGACUCAAUCAUGGUGUCUCACAGCUGUGGCAUUUUUGCUGGUGUUCUCUCCCCUCUCAUUUCUUUUUCGCAAUCUCUUUUUUGGCAUGGAUCGAGCACGAUUUUGUGUUUCGGGUCUGGUCGCUACUACCGUUUUGAUUCGUGAUUCGUCUCUUUCCACUUCGUGCUUGGCAUCCUGCCCUGUGAUUACAAUGAUUUUUCCAUCUUUUGUUUCCUGUUUGUGUGUGCUGCUUUUAUAACUUUCAAGUCUGUUAGCAUGUUUGAGCAGAGGAGAGGUAAUGCUUUUCUGACAAGACAUUGCUUGAGUCUAUUCCCUGCUCUUUUAAAUGUUGCUGUGAUGAGAAUCAUGUUACCAGAGGCUAGACCAAUGCUGGCAUUCGACAUAUAAAACUUCCAUGACUCUGAGCAAGCCAACUCGACGCAUUAUUCAUGACAAAGCUUGGUUGUUUUGCAGCGAACGAAGCUCAAAGUUUUAUUUUCUAAGUUCCUUUUCAUUUAAGGACAAGGACUUGCGACCAUGGCUUCAGGCCCACAUGGGAAGAACUGUGGUUGCGUCCCCUGCAUUGGUGAUGGAGGUCUCGCACUCGGCACCUGGUGUUGCUACCAGCACGGCGUCCUCUCCACUGAGAUCCAGAGAGCUAAGUGGAGUUGCCUCUGGAGCGGCGGGAGCGAAGUUGAAGGCCGCGAGAGUUGGAUUCCUCCGCUUGCAGCUGUGGAAUGAAUACAAAGCACGACACGAGGAUGGGCAAAGUCGUGCAUCCGCAUCCGCAACGGUUGCAAACAUCGCACGAAGACAUUGUCGAAACGGGAGGAGAGAAGCAAACGGCGCAAAAGGAUCGAAUGAAAAAGAGGAAGAGGAUGCUGGAACUCGGAAGGCCAAGCGCGAGAGGAAGCAAAGAGAAACGCAAUGUUACUCUCAGCGGAGGAAGCGGAGAAUUUAUAGGGGGUGGAAGUGACGAGCGACGGACGGAAGGGGUAGCCAAAAAAAAAAAAGGCAGCCGGAAGAAAAAGACCAGUAGAAAAACAGCCAAAAGGAAAAUAGACUGAAUAAGGAAGGAAUUUUUCGAGAGCAAGCAAAUAAUUUCGACGUGCCUGAGUGCGGGUACUUAAAGCAGGGAACAAUACUGCAAAUAAAAUUUCCCUUUUUACAGGAAA